CUCACAUGUUUUGGGAGCAUUGUUUAGAGUUUCCUUGGUUCAGAAAUCAACUUAAGCAGGUUCGAUUUUCUGGCUUUUCUCUUCUCUCUUUACUCCAUCCCAUUUCCUUCUUAUCAUAGAAAUUUGAUAGCUAUUGGAGGCAAGUAUUUUCCAGCAUCAAUGGAGACCAUGAUCAUGGGCUUUAUCUUCCUUCCAAUGCUGUUGAUGCAAUGCUUCAUGGCUGCCUUAGCCAUGUCUCAAACAAACUUGACCACAGACCAAUAUGCUCUUCUUCAAUUCAAAGCUUCCGUUACUUUUGAUCCUUCGAAUAUCAUGUCCUCCAAUUGGUCUUCUUCAGCUACCUCAAUCUGUAAUUGGGUUGGUGUUUCAUGUGGUGCUUUUCAUAGUAGAGUCACAGCCUUGGAUCUUCCAAACAUGAAUCUCACUGGCAGCCUCCCUCCUCACUUGGGAAACCUCUCAUUACUUGUUUCUAUCAACUUGAGUGGAAACAGCUUCAAUGGCCAUCUGCCUCCAGAAUUAGGGAAGCUACAGCAUUUAAGGUUCAUGGACUUGAGCUACAAUUUUCUUAACGGAAGCAUACCAGAUGAGAUUUGGUUGCUUUCAAAGUUGGAGAUUUUUAGUUUAGGAAGCAACCAACUUACUGGAACUAUAUCAAGAAAUAUUGGGAACUUAACUAAACUAAGAGGAAUAUAUGUCGGAGAUACAAAAAUAGGAGGGGAAAUACCAAAGGAGAUAGGUAAUCUUCAUAAUUUGGAGAGACUUUUCGCAGGAAAUGCAAGCCUAUCAGGUCUAAUUCCACCAAAUAUCUUUAAUAUCUCUUCCUUAGGAUGGAUUUAUCUCUACACAAAUAACCUUUUUGGUACCCUUCCUACUGACUUGUGCUUCUAUCUGCCAAAUCUUGAGGAGCUUGGUUUGAGUGAGAAUCAAUUACAUGGCUCAAUUCCCUCAAGUAUAAGUAGAUGCAAGAAGCUUCAACUGUUGGAUCUAGACACUAAUAGAUUCACCGGAUGCAUCCCAAGAAGCAUUGGGAACUUGUCCAAACUUACUGAAAUAUAUCUCUCUCAUAAUGACUUUGAAGGUGAAAUACCAAAGGAGGUUGGCAACUUACCCUUGGUGACUUUAUCUAUGGGAUUCAACUUCUUGACUGGUUUCAUUCCUCCCAUGAUCUUCAACAUCUCAACCUUGGAAUGCAUUUACUUAGGGAGGAAUAAUCUUUCAGGCCAUCUUCCUUCAACCAUUGGACUUGGGCUUCCAAAGCUUACUCAGCUAUAUUUGUUUGACAAUAAAAUCAAUGGCAUUUUCCCAAGUUCUAUCACAAAUUCUUCCUUACUUGCCUUUCUAGACCUAGACAAUAACUCGUUCUUUGGCCCUUUCCCCAAUUCACUUGGCCAUCUAACAUCCCUCCAAUGGCUUCGCCUAGGUGACAACAUGUUCUUUGAAUUCUCCACUCCAAAAAGAAGCUUUCUCUUCUCUUUGAUAAACUGCAAAUAUUUGACAUUACUAGAUGUAUCAUUUAGUUCAUUGAAUGGCAUCCUUCCGGCUUCAAUUGGGAACCUAUCUAAAUCUCUUCAAUAUUUGUAUGCAUCGAAUUGCAAAAUUCAAGGAAACAUUCCCAUGGAAAUUGGCAACUUGAGCAACUUGAUAAGUUUGGAACUUAUUGGGAAUGAUUUGAUUGGGCCAAUUCCAGCAACAAUAGGAAGAUUGCAACAGCUCCAAGGUCUAUAUUUUCAUAGCAAUAGACUUCAAGGAACAAUUCCGAAUGAUCUAUGUCAUUUGCAAAAAUUAGAUGUAUUGGUAUUGGAUAGCAAUCAGCUCAAUGGAUCCAUGCCAGAGUGCUUAGCCAAUUUGACUUCUUUAAGAUAUCUAGACUUAAGUUCCAACAACUUAAGUUCUACAAUACCCUCAACCUUCUGGAGUCUUACAUAUAUCUUGAAAGUAAACUUGUCCUCAAAUUCCUUCAAUGGCUCUCUUCCAUUAGAUUUUGGAAACCUAAAGGUCUUGAUCAGCAUGGAUUUAUCUAGAAAUCAACUCUCAGGCAAUUUGCCUAACAACAUUGGGGAUCUAAAAGAUCUAACUCAUCUUUUCUUAAAAGAAAAUGCAUUAGAAGGUCACAUUCCUCAAUCAUUUGGAGGCUUGGUCAGCUUGGAAUCGUUGGAUCUCUCUAACAACAUUCUCUCAGGAGUGAUUCCUAAGUCUUUGGAAAGACUCUUUCAUCUCAAAUUUUUCAAUGUAUCUUUCAAUAAACUUGAAGGAGAAAUCCCAAGUGGAGGAUCAUUCAAAAAUUUCUCUGCUCAAUCAUUUAUGGCAAACACUGCUCUCUGUGGUUUGCCAAGAUUUCAAGUACCUCCAUGUAAGUCCCGUAAGAAAUCCAUCCAGGUGCAAAUUAAAUUAGUGUCACCACUUGUAGCAACUACCGUAUUGAUACUUUUCCUUGUCAUCCACAUCUUCAAAAGGCUACGAAAAUCAAAAGCAAAAUCCACAGAUGAAGAAAUUUUGCUAAGUCUAGCAAAAUGGAAGAGAAUUUCAUACCAGGAGCUUCAACAUGCAACUGACAAAUUCAAUGAAAGAAACUUACUUGGCACAGGGAGUUUUGGGUCAGUAUACAAUGGGACACUUCUAGGUGGAAUGAACGUUGCAAUAAAGGUCUUCAAUUUGCAAGUAGAGGGUGUAUUCGAGAGUUUUGACACAGAAUGUGAAGUAUUGUGCAGUUUUCGUCAUCGAAAUCUAGUCAAAAUCAUUAGCAGCUGUUGUAAUGAAGACUUCAAAGCUUUAGUGCUUGAGUUCAUGCCUAAUGGAACCUUGGAGAAGUGGUUAUAUUCUGAUAGAUGUUGUCUAAAUGUCUUGCAGAGAUUGGAUAUAAUGAUUGAUGUGGCUUCUGCUCUAGAAUAUCUCCACCAUGGAAAUUCAGUUCCGAUCGUCCAUUGUGAUUUGAAACCUAGCAAUGUGUUGCUUGAUGAAGAUAUGGUUGCACAUGUGGGGGAUUUUGGUCUUACCAAGAUUUUGGGAGAAGGGGAAUCUGUGAUGCAGACAAUGCAAAUUGCCACUAUAGGCUAUAUGGCACCAGAGUAUGGAUCAUUGGGAAUGGUUUCUACAAAAGGGGACGUUUACAGCUAUGGCAUCUUAGUCAUGGAGACAUUCACGAGACGAAAACCCACAGACAAAAUGUUUACUGGAGAGAUGAGCUUGAAGGCAUGGGUGAAUGAAUCGUUAUCUCGUUCAGGAACUGAAGUUGUGGAUGCCAAUUUGAUGGAGGAGGAGGAGCAUUUCAUUGCGAAAGCAAAUUGUGUAUCAUCUGUUUUGGAAGUAGCUUUGAAUUGUUGUAUAGAAGCACCCAAAGUAAGGAGAAAUAUGAUGGAUGUCGCAGCGAUGCUUAAAAAGAUCAAACAUCAAUAUCUUAAGGAUAUUGGAAAUUGAGAAAAUCAUGCAAAUUAAAUAACUAGAAUUAAAGACUACUUUAGUGUUGAAAUUGAGGUUUUGGACAAAAAAUAACGAUGGUUUCUCUACUUGUAUAAAUUUUAUAAAAUAAAUUACUAAUUUUAUG